AUGGGUCACGAAGAUGCCGUCUACCUCGCCAAGCUUGCUGAGCAGGCUGAGCGCUACGAAGAAAUGGUGGAGAACAUGAAGGUUGUUGCCUCCUCAGACCAAGAGCUUUCCGUCGAGGAGCGGAAUCUGCUUUCAGUCGCAUACAAAAACGUCAUUGGUGCCCGCCGUGCCUCUUGGAGGAUCGUCACCUCGAUUGAGCAAAAGGAGGAGUCCAAGGGCAACGAGUCUCAAGUCACCUUGAUCAAGGAGUACCGCCAAAAGAUUGAGGCUGAAUUGGCCAAGAUCUGUGAGGACAUUCUCGAGGUUCUCGAUAAGCACUUGAUUCCUUCUGCUCAGACUGGCGAGUCCAAGGUUUUCUACCACAAGAUGAAGGGCGACUACCACCGCUACUUGGCCGAGUUUGCCGUUGGUGACCGUCGCAAGACUUCUGCUGAUGCUUCUCUUGAGGCUUACAAGGCUGCCACGGAGGUUGCCCAGACAGACCUUGCUCCUACCCACCCAAUCCGUCUCGGUCUUGCUCUUAACUUUUCCGUUUUCUACUAUGAAAUCCUUAACUCACCCGACCAGGCUUGCCACCUGGCCAAGCUUGCGUUUGACGAUGCCAUUGCUGAGUUGGACACCUUGAGCGAGGAAAGCUACAAAGACUCCACCCUCAUCAUGCAGCUUCUCCGAGACAACUUGACUCUCUGGACCUCGUCCGAGGCCGAGACCUCUCAGGAUGCUGCCCCCGAGAAGAAGGAUGAGGCGCCCGCCGCCUCAACCGAGGCCCCAGCUGCUGCCGAGUAA